CUUUUUAUACGCUCGCCGACUGCGGGAAGCUCGACCCUCGGAUCCGCUUUUGGGGCGCCGGUAGCAGCUUUAGGUUCCCCCCCAUGACGCGGUGAUGGCCACAAACAACCCGUCGGUGUUUCUGCUCAUGAUCAGCGGGCAAAUCGAGGGAGCGAACGUGAGUUUACGGGUCCGGCGGCUAACGUUUCCGCAAUACGACGACCUGUACUGUAAGUACUGCUACGUCUACGGCCACGACUGGGCUCCGACGUCGGGUUUAGAGGAAGGCAUCUCCCAGAUCACCUCCAAAGGCAGAGCGUCUUCUCAUAGACUAGUGUGGAACUUCCCGCUGGAGAUAACCUUCAAGAGCACCAACCCGUUUGGAUGGCCUCAGAUCGUGGUGAGCGUGUAUGGUCCUGACAUAUUUGGCAACGAUGUGGUCCGGGGUUAUGGAGCCACACACAUCCCUUUCACACCCGGACAGCACACGAGAACCAUCCCCAUGUUUGUUCCAGAGUCCACAUCAAGACUUCAAAAAUUCACCAGCUGGUUGCUGGGACGGCGGCCAGAGUACACAGACCCCAAAGUGGUGGCCCAGGGCGAAGGGAGAGAAGUGACCCGCGUGCACUCCCAAGGGUUCGUCACGCUCUCCUUCAACAUCGUGACCAAGGACAUGAGGAAGCUGGGUUACGACACCGUGCCAUCAAACCCGACCAACACACACACUCACCCAGCCAUAUCCGGCCUUACAUCAGAAGAACAGCCCUACGGCACAUAACGGCGUCAGCAACCCUCAUGCUCAUAUUUUGGAUGAAUCCCGUCCUUCCUUCUUUCCAUUUGGGAUUCUAUAAGGAGACACACACACUACAUCGACACAACAUGGCAGAUGGGGGUAUAAACGUCUAAACGGUCAGUACUGUCUCUGCUCGGGAAGACCGGCGAAAGCAAAGAUGUAUUCAAUACUGAGAAACCCACGUCUGCCCACACCUACAGUGUCUUACAGUGAGAAUGUGAGGACGGGCGUUUCAAGUGAGUCACAGCUUGUCGGUCGUUUGUAACUCUUGUACAUACUUAGCUGAAGUUUUGGAUGUUUUUUUUUUACUGCAUUUUCUAAAAUAAAUUUGUAUGUCAUUUCAGAAAAGGUUUCAUGAAUACACACAAGGCUGCAUUUUGCAUGGCAAACACACAACACUGCCUACGCAAGACUUUCAGAGCUGAAGUGAUACACAUUUUAUUUUGAACCAAUGCAGCUACAGUUGUCAAACGUCACGGUUUGUGGCCCGCUGCGAUCAUUUUUUAUUUUAUUUUUUUUGGUCUUUUUUUGUCUUUUUCCUUUUUAGAUGUUAAAAUACCACCGUGACAUUCCUACAAAAACCCAUUACACAGAAUAAUAAGGUAUACAGGAGAACAGUAUGUUACAAUAGUACAAAUGAUAAAUUAUAUUAUACAGUUAUAAUGCCGACAAGUUGAGCACAAUAAAAAAAAAAAAACUGCCUGCUCCCAGUACUAUGAGGAAGGUAAAUAAACAGGAAAAAAAAGGAUAAUGGAGGCUGAUUUUAUGCAUACAGAGACAGACAGACCAUAAUGUUAGUUAGUCCUCUUGAUAAAAGCAUAGUGAAUACAUAGUAACACGGAGAGGAGCUAGCUAGCUGGCUUCCGGCGCGGGCCCCGCUUCCACCGCCGGGACCGGGGAACUGGUUUUGUUCAACAGUUUCUGUAAGAGUGCUUUGAGUUUGCUGAAAACAGUAAAAGUGUUUUUAUUCUAGGCUACUUGUGAUAUGAUAUGGUGCGACGACGGCGACCGUCUUUCGGCCGCCGGGGCCAGAACCGGUCGGGGCGGCGGUGAAACCGAGGCCGGCGGAGCGGGGGGGGGGGGGGGGGAGCGUAACAGACAAGUCUUAGCUAGGAUAUCGUAGUAGCGUCUCAAUAAAACAAGUCUCGUAUCAUCAGCAAAACUCAAGUUUGCACAACAACACGCCAAGCACGUCUUCUUCCAUAGCUUCCUUUUUUCCACUUUUUGCAUAAUUUUUAGUUAACAAAAUGUUUGCUGGUCUGCAGGAAAGUGUCGCAUCCAAUCACUCAAAGACCACACGCCGUCGAUAUUAUCAUAGCGCGUGCACGCACACGCGCACACACACACACACACAGUUUGAGCUGGGAGAAACGAACAGAUCUCCAUUCCUUCUGAACCAUCGCGGGACGCUGAGGCGCCGGCUGUCACGCCAUGACAGACCAGCAGAGGGCGCCAGAAGAGACAAGCAACCAAACCCCCAUUUCCCACAGUAAGAACAUUGGCAGUGAUGAAAACAACUUGGGGGGGGGGGGGGAAGGGAAGGAGAAAAGCGGUCACUAAUGGAAGGUGUCGGUCAAGGUCAUCUCAUUGUCACGAGGAUCUUUUCCCACGUUUCCGUCUCGCCAAAAGCACGGCAGGGCGACGCAACGCCGGACCCGGCGCCGCCGAACCGUCCUGAUAACCAACCCACGUCAAUUCCUCAACUUUGUGGUACAAAUUUUAAAACCU